CAUGUCACCUUGACACGAUGGGAAAUGGGACGCAUGAGGCACGUGAUGCCCGCGAGGAAGUCGCCACAGACAUCGCCGGCACGAACAAGAUCGUCGGAAAAGGCUUGGAGACAGAAGAGAUUGGGCUGUCUGAGGAUGAAGUCGCGCAUUUCAUCGAACAUGGCUUCGUGAUGCUUCGCAACGCCUUCUCCGUCGAGACCGCUGCAGCAUGCCGCGAGUUUCUGUGGAAUCGCAUCGAGAAAGACGGGGUAAAACGCCACGAUUGCGCGACGUGGCCUGAAAAGCAUUGGAUCUCAGAAUCCUACAACGACGAGACAGGCUCGCCGUGGACCGAUGUCCUGACGCCGCGCCUGAAGCGUGCGAUGGAUCAAGUGUGCGGAGAAGGUCGUUGGGUCCCAUCUGACUUGACAUGUGGAUGGUGGGUGCUGACGUUUCCUGGACAUGCGAUGCUUCCCUGGGCUCCCGCAGGUCAUUGGCACGUCGAUGGUGCUCGGUACAUUCACCACAUCGACAGUAAGGAGUCGGGGUUGCUGCCCAUCUUCCUGUUCUCCGACAUUGCUCCCGGCGACGGAGGCACGGCACUAGCGCCUGGAUCGCACAAGCAUGUGGCUCACAUUCUGGCAGCGGCGCAGCCACACGGCCUUAAAGGCGGUCAAGUGAGUGCUUCGGCGAAGACGUGGGUGUAUCAGCACAAGCAGUCGUGGGUCGAAGUUCAAGGACGCGCGGGGGACGUCAUGCUGACCCAUCCGUUCCUCAUGCAUGCGCGGAGCAAGAAUUGCGGCGCGUCCGUCCGCUUCAUGUGUAAUCCAAACGUCGGGUUGAAGGAACCGAUGCAGCUCUUCCAAACGACAGGAGCGGACGAGGACGCAGAUACGAGGGUGUUGUCGGCCGUCGAAGCGGCGAUUGUGCAAGCGCUGGGUGAACCGAGUACGUUGAAUAGGAAUAAGAAGCGCAAGAGGUCGUAAAGAGAGCCUGAUGUUAAGACGAGAAUGACGAGGUGUCUCGUUGGGAGCUUAAUGAUGGUGGUG